AUGGAAAACGAUCCUAUUAAAUCAAAUACUAUGACAAAUGACAAAAACGAACAAUCAAACAAUACUUUUGAAACUAAGGUUUCUACAGCUCGUCCAACCAAUUUAAAUACAGCAGCAACAACAGGCAAUACAACAUCUGAUCAGAAUUUUCAUAUAACUUCGUCAUCGGUAUAUAUUGAACCUCGUCUAUUUGAAGCAGAUGCUAUCAUCGAUUCGACUACUUCUUUAUGCAUUGAAGCGAAUGUUGGUAACAAUAUGAAUGUCAUAGGAAAAGAAAAAGAACAGACCGACAAGAUGAAUUCUAAAGAUGAAGAUGCUUUGAAUAAAAUUCUCAGUGAUGCAAGAGAUCAGAAGAUGGAACAACUUUCUCAAAGGAUUAUGAUUAAUCCACCAAUAGAUGAUGAAAUGGCUCAAUUUAUUCUCCAAAAAUUAGGUCUUUCACCAGUUACUACAAAAAUAAUCACAAAUAUGAAUGUAAAUGAUACUAAUGAUCAAGAAAUUUCAACAACGUCUAUCAUUUCUACACAUCCUGAUUGUGUUUCGGAUGAACAUAUUAAAAAAGAUGGUAAUUAUAUUGAAUUAAAUGAGUUCAAAUCAACAACAACAACAACAUUCGAAAAUCAUAAUCAAGAAUUAUUAGUACCAAUAGCCGCAAGAACAAUGACGGAAAGAGCACAAGCAGAAGAAAGAUAUCAACAUCGAAUAGAAAUAGCUAAACAAGCAGUCAAAUUAGCAGAAACCAAUGUUGAUAAUGCUAUGAAACUGAUUCGACGAGAAAUGAUAAAUAAUACUGUUCAACGUGAUUCUUGGUAUUUGACACUAUUUCACUAUGUUCAUUUACGAGCACAACAUGAUGUUGAUCAACGAGGUGAUAUUCACAAGGAAUUCAUUUGGCCUCAUUCAUUUCCUGAUUGUACACCUAAACUUCGUGAAGCAAUGAAUGAAUGGAUUCAACAUAAUUUUUCUUGUGUUAAACAUGCAAAAUGUCUCGUUCUAAUUGGACCAACUAAUACUGGCAAAACAUCAUUUGCACUAUCAUUACCUGGUCGUGUUAAUUAUUUUCAAGGACAAUGGAAUGAAAACGCAUGGAAUGAUUAUGCUCGAUAUUCUGUUUAUGAUGAAGUCCCAUGGGAUAAUUUUAAAAAACUUGAAUAUCCUAAUAAAAAACAGUUACUUACACAAGAAGGAUACCGACUAUAUAUUAAUAAAUAUUGGGUAACAGAUCAGGAUGUUACUUUUCGACAACCAGCUAUUGUUCUACUAAAUCCUGAAGAUGCCGGCUCAUUAAUUGCUCGACCAGUUGGUCGUGAUCAAAAUAAUACCGCUGAAUAUUGGAAAAAAAAAACGUUCGUCUAUAUUAUGGUAAUGUCAACAGAAGAAAUCAAUGAAUCAAGUGACAAUAAGAUUAGUACAUCAAUUACAACGAAUAAAUAUAAAUACGAUGACGCUGAAAUCAACACUGAAGAGAUAUUUAUCUUAGCAAGAACGUCGAAAGAAAAAUCAUCUUAUCGAAAACUUCAAUCAUCUUUAAAUCAAAUAAACAUAGUCAUACGAACAAUAAAAAAUACCAAUGUCUUAUGUAUUUAUCCUGAAGAGCAAUGGAAACAAAAAAUAAAUAAUUAUAUGGAACAAAAUAAUGUUUUCCAACGGAUAGGUUCAAUGGAUUUCGAAACAUCAGACGACGAUCCUAUUCAACAAACUUUAAUCAAGAUGAGUAAUCUAGUGGUUAAAACAUUGCAUACUUUAUUCCUUCGAAAAGCAAUUACUACUGAACAAUACGAAAAUAUGAUGUACUACAAUCAAACCACAAUACAAUGCGUGAAUCAACUUUAUUUUAUACCAGAAAUACGUCAAAAUAAAAUCUCUAUCCAACCAGCAACGAUACGAUACAAAGAAGAAUCACUUCAUGCCAUUGUCACCUUUAUUCAUGGACUUCUUCGUCCUCUCAUCAAUGGUAUUGUUCAUAGUAAUUUUACGUUUUUCGAAGGACAUCAUGUCAUUAAAGCUGUAGAAAAAUAUGCACAACAAGGUUUACUUCGGUCAACAACUCUUUUUGUUAAAAUCGUUUUUCAUGGUCUUUGUACUACACUAUCUCAUGAUUUACUCAUUGAAGCUUUAGCAAAAUUUCUACGUUUAUAUGUAGAAAGUAAAAAAAUUGAAGAAAUAUCAAUAACAACGAUUGUUCAAUUUGUUGAAUUGAUUUUAAAAAAUCAAUUUUGUAUCUAUGAUAAUCAAUUAUAUCGACAGACGACUGGUGGCUCAAGCUAUUCAUCACUAAUUCAUGGAUUAGUUGAUAUAUAUCUAUAUAAUUUAACACACAUUUUAUAUUCAAAAUUAUUGGACAAGAAUGAAAUUGUUGGAAGAUAUUUUAAUCAAAUAUUUUUCAUUUGGAAUGAAUCGAAAGAUGAACUUUUCACGUUACUAAAUGAACUCAAUCUUACUAGUCCAGAAUAUAUUCCUACACCAAUAACCAUAUCAAUUGAUGACAAGAUCGAAUAUCUUGGUGCUGAAAUAUGUCAACAGGAAGGUAAAUUACAGACUAGAGUCUAUCAUGAUUUUUAUCUCGAACCUUAUACAUUACCUUAUCUAUUGGAAACAAGAAUGUUAAAGGAAAAUGAUGAUAAUUUAUUACUUUAUAAUACAUUUGUUCGUGCCCUGUGUUAUUGUUCCAAUGUGGAUGAAUUUGAAAAUGAACGAUUAUUUAUUGAACUAUCCUUUAUUAUCAAUGAUGCAUCAAUGGAUUUCAUUGAAAGAGCAGUAGACAAUUUUCUUAUUGAUUUCCAACUAUUUAUGAAAGACACAUGCAUUGAUCAAAAAACCUAUCGUAAUCGUCGACAACACAUUCAACACACUCAACUACUUGCACAUAUGUUUCUUGUAGCAAAAAAAAAACGAGAAAAACUACAAUUUUAUGAAAAAUACUAUCAGUGA